AUUUUAUUGUCUUAUUAACAGGUUCAGAGGUUAUUGAUAGUAUUUAUUAUUCAAAUCAGUUGCUUGUUGCAAUGGAUGCUGAAUCAGAAGAAAAAGAGGAAUCCAGUAGAUAUGAAUGUCUUGAUAAAUGUCUUUCAAAUUUUGUUCGAUCACUUAGAGAAAAACCAGGUUCAUGUAAACGAAUGGCAAAAUCAUUUCCUGAAUUAUAUCGGGAAAAUCCAGCGGCAUUGAAGCUUAUUUCAGAUGCUUUUGGUGAUCGAUACACCAGUAUGUUAAAACAAUCAAUAGAAGAGCUUUUUAAGACUUGCUCUGUAAAAGAUAAAUUGGACGAACUUGGCCAGUGUGUUGGAGAUGUAGAUUGUAGUUGGCGACCAUCUGGUGAUCCAGAAAAAGAUCUACGAGCUCAUAUUGCUUUAACGGAACACAAAGAAGUCUUGAAACUGCAAGAGGAAUUAGAAAAAGAAGAAGCAGAGAUUGCGUCAUUAAGGGAUACACUAAAUCACAAAGACAAAGCUAUCGAAAGAAAAAUGUUGCAUAUUCAUGCUCUUACAGAAGAAUGUGUUUCAUCUAGCCAACUCGCUCGAGCAAAUGCAGAUAAUUUGAAUUUACUUUUCAAAAAUAAAAGAAAAAAAAUGAAAAAUUGAGGUUUAGUAAUGAAGUACUUCAUUUGCUCACAGUCUGCAUGGAAUGCAACUUGGAAAAAUUUUUUCUUCGAUCACAGUAUAUUCCUUUUUUAUAGUUUGAUGGACGAUUUUCGAUUUUUUAUAGACGAUGGACGAUAGUUUGAUGGACGAUGGACGAGUAGUCAAAAUCGCCAUUACUUUUUUAAAAAUUGGGACAUUUUCAAGGUGUAGUCCUGGCCUAUAAUUCCAAAAUAUUCAGAAAUUCAUGGUUUAAUUAAUUUUACAAUCAUAUUAAAUUGCUGACACAGUAGCUAUCGUGUUAUGCUUCAAGGAAGUGUUUCCAUAUGCCUAAAAGAUGGUUCGUACUUGGAUGUGCCUUAGAUCUCUUUGUUUCUUAUUUUCCAAUUUGGUUCAAUCUUUCAACUUUCUUAGAAUAUGUUCAAUCAAUCAUACGAUAGCUGCAUUACUGCCAUUGAAGUACUAAUAUAAUUUUGAUACAUUAAAACAAUUGUUAGAUAUUGUUUCUUCUGCAUUUAGAGUUAUUCAAAGGCCGAAAAAUCAAAUAUAUUGGUAUAUUGAUCAAAAUUGUCUAAAUUUUAGACUCCAACAACAGUUCUCAUCUUCCUAGAUUCAGAAAAUUUUCAUUUCAUGUUGAGCCCCCCAACAAAGUUAAUAUUUUAUUAUUGUAUGAUGGUUGUGUUCACUUUUGGUGCUAAUGUAUUGCAAGGGCCUUACUAUCAUUUAAUUUUACACGAUCUUACACUGGGAAAGUAUUGUAUUGGCACUACAAUAUUAAAAUAUAUCUCAUGCUGCAUUGCUUUGUGCUCAGACAACAUCAUUUAAUUACAUAAACAAGGGGUGUGCAACCUGUGGCUCGCGGGCCAAAUGCGACUCGCAAGGAAAAAAUGUGCACACCGCGGAGAAGUGCCAAUUUUGAAUAGUGUGCGCCCAGCAAAACGAGUUUUUACUUUAGUUUAAUCUGGAACGUGUGAGUAAUCCGAAUCCCUCCGCGCUGCAAAGCCUAUACCUGAGUCUAAUUUAGACAUAUGACUUACGAGGUGCGAGGUGAACAACGCAUGUCGUAAGAUCAACAACCAAAAUUUUUUUUUCCUGCAAAUACUAAAAAAGCCUAUGUUAAAAAAGUUGCGGCCUAGGUUUCACCCAGUUACUUGUAUCUGGCCCUCCUGUAUUAAAGGAUGCACACCUCUGAUAUGAACUAUUGUAUAAUACUGUAUUUUCAUUCCACAAUUUAAUAUUAUUUUUUUGAUUUUCUUAG